AUGUGGGUGUUUUGUGCAUUGCUGCUUCUCUCCUCUCUUGGGUGCUAUAAAGGAAAUGACCAUCAAUGCCAUGUGCUUCAGCCCUUCCCUGUUCCACAUCAGUGGUACCAGCCUGGUGACUUCCUCAUUGGUGGGAUUGCUUCUCAGUUCCUUUAUAAUUCUGAAGAACUUUCUUUUAAGGAGCAUCCCUCCCAGAAAUUGUUUCAGAUGUCAAUAGCAGUCACCAAAUUCUACCAGCAUGUUCUUGCCUUGGCAUAUGCUGUGAAGGAGAUCAAUGAGAAUCCCCGAUUCUUGCCCAACGUCACCCUUGGGUUCCACAUUUAUGACAGCUACUAUGAUAGAAUGAUGACCUAUCGGACCACUUUGGACCUGCUCUUCAGUUCGGAUAGAUUUGUCCCCAACUAUAAAUGUGACACCAAGAAAACCCUCCUGGGUGUCAUUGGGGGACUUGGAACUGAUACCUCCUACCAUAUUGCAGACAUUCUGAGUCUUUAUAAGAUUCCACAACUCACUUAUGGCUCUGUGGCCCCAGAGGAGAUUUCCUCAGCUGAGGUCCCUUUGUUUUAUCGCAUGGUCACCAGUGAAGCCCAUCAACACAAAGGAAUUGUCCAUUUGCUUCUACACUUUGGAUGGACCUGGGUUGGGAUUUUUGUGAUGGAUGGUGAUAGUGGAGAGCAUUUCCUACAAACCAUGGAGUCUCUGCUAUCUGAGAAUGGAAUUUGUUCAUCCUUCACACAAAAGAUCCCACAACAACCAAAUAUGAGUAACUUCCAAGGCAUGCUGAUUAUAGCCGUAAAUAUUUGUGAAGCUUUUACAGAUGAUAAAACCAACACCAUUGUCAUCUAUGGGGAAUGUUUGAGCAUUGCUUGGCUGAGAAUUGUUAUGUUUGUGAUGGGUCCUAGAAAUCAGAACUAUUCAUCAUUUAGAAAAGUUUGGAUCUUGACAGCCCAGGUUGAUUUAAUAUUAACAGGUGUUCAAAAGGGGUGGGAUCUUGAACAGUUCCAUGGUUCUAUUUCUUUUUCCAUUCACUCAAAAGAUAAUCUGGAUUUCAGGGAAUAUCUGCAAACCAUCAGUCCUUCCUCUGCUGAAGGAGAUGGCUUUAUCCAGGACAUCUGGGAACAAGCUUUUGACUGCAUUUUGCCCAAUUCCAGACAGCAAAGAAAAAAACAUGAAAGGUGCACUGGAGAAGAGAGGCUGGAAAAUCUCCCUACACCUCAAUUUGAAUUGGACAUGACUGGUCAUAGUUACAGUAUCUAUAAUGCUGUCUAUAUAUUAGCUCAUUCUUUGCACGUCAUGAACUCCCAGAGAUUGAACAUUAACCGAAAGAUGAAACAGAAAUAUACUGAAUACCAGCAGUUCCAUCCUUGGCAGUUCCAUCCGAUUCUUCAAGGUAUUUUGUUUAACAACUCGGCUGGAGAAAGUGUGUCUUUCAGUAAGGAAAGGGAAAUAGAGACUGGAUUCGACAUCCUUAACAUGGUCACAUUCCCAAAUACAUCCUUCCAGAGAGUGAAAGUGGGAAAGCUGGACCCAGAUGUUCCAGAAGGAAAAGAGCUCCUGAUUAAUGAAAACUUGAUUAUGUGGCACAGGGGAUUUAAUGAGGUUCUGCCCCUUUCAGUGUGCAAUGAACAUUGCUAUCAGGGAAAUCAGAAAAAAGGGAGAGAAGGCGAAAAAUUUUGUUGCUAUGAUUGUGUUCCCUGCCCGGAAGAUAUGAACAACUGUUUUCAAUGCUCAGAAGAAAAAUACCCAAGCAAGGAGCAAGAUCGAUGUCUUCCCAAAAGAAGAAACUUUCUGUCAUAUGGAGAAGGCUUAGGCGUCACUUUCACUUCACUUGCAGUUGUCUUGUCCCUCAUCAAUGCUGCAGUGUUAGGAAUUUUCAUAAAGCAGAGAGAGACCCCCCUUGUCAAAGCCAACAACCGAGACCUCACCUACACUCUCCUCAUCUCUCUACUCUUCUGCUUCCUCUGCCCUCUGCUGUUCCUUGGCCAACCAAGGGAAGGCACCUGCCUUCUCCAACAACCAGCUUUUGGGAUGGUCUUCUCUCUGGCUAUUUCCUGUGUGUUAGCUAAAACCAUCCUUGUCUCUCUCGCCUUCAUGGCCACAAAACCCGGGUCAACCGCAAAGAAAUGGAUAGGGAAAAAAUUGGCCCUUUCCAUUGUCUUUUCUGGCUCUGUCAUUCAAAUAGGCAUUUGUCUGUUUUGGUUGGCAAGUUCUCCCCCAUUCCCUGAUUUAGAUAUGGACUCAGUUAUUGAGGAAGCCAUUCUGCAGUGUAAUGAAGGGUCUCCCGCCAUGUUUUAUCUUGUCUUGGGCUACAUGGGCCUCUUGGCUACUGCCAGCUUCAUUGUUGCCUUCCAUGCCCAAAAAUUACCUGACAGUUUCAAUGAAGCCAAGUCCAUCACCUUCAGCAUGUUAGUGUUUUGCAGCGUCUGGAUAUCCUUUCUUCCCACCUACUUGAGCUCCAAGGGGAAAGACAUGGUGGCCGUGGAGGUCUUCUCCAUUUUGACCUCCAGUGCUGGGUUACUGGCUUUCAUCUUUUUCCCUAAAUGCUACAUCAUUGUGCUGAAACCUCAUUUGAAUGACAGAGAACUAUUAAUUAGGAGAAAAUAA